AUGGGCGAUGGACCGUGCGGCCCUAAUAGCGAAAUUUUUUUCGAUUUUCAAACAGAACAAGAAUUACCCAAAAACGAGAAAAAUUAUUUGCCUCUGGCUCAAAAAUGCGUUGAUGUAGGAGCAGGCUUGGAAAGAAUUGUUAUGGUUUUGCAAGGAAAAAAAAAUACCUUCGAGAUUGAUUUGUGA